UCAAUUCGUUCAGUCUCUAUAAGAGGUAAGGUAAAGAGCAUAACCUCCAUCAACCAACAACCUCUCUCCGAAGUCUAUCGUAUUUAGCUUCCGUUGUUGCACUUCGAAAUGUGUCAACCAACAGACCCGUAUUCCUGGUAUAGGCCAGCUCCCUUGGAAACCUUGGAUAGAAAAGACAGUCUCGACAGUUUGGACAAGCCUGUCUUGUACAGCUGUGGCCGAACUCCCUUCAAAAUCCUAGCCAAAAUUCGGGGAAACGAGCUCCCACUCUCGCGGGCAGGUCUCUCUCGUGUGCUUUUUUUCCCGAAGCAUACCAGCAAAGUGACACACCUGCCAAUCUACGAAGUCAGCAACACCUACAACGAGGCGGUCAAGGACGCCCCCUUGGGAUCUGGCAUGUACAAAACCAACAUGAUGUUCAUGCGCCGACCUAAGGGCGACGGAACAGAUUCUAACGUUGAAUUCUUCAUUGAUGUGGCCCCUGAUCAGAGUUUCGUCACAAUCCAGCAAAGAAGCGUGGUACUUGGUGAAGGCUUUGCCAUUAAAAUAACUCUUCCCGCUGAACAACAGGAGGAGUCCGUCCUUGAAAUAUCUGGUCUGGGCAGAUUCAAUGUCCGCGUUUCACGUUUUCAACCUACCCGGAUGAACAAAUCCAAGCCAUCCCUAUCAACCUUUCGGCAGUACCCAGCAUUGAGCAUGGUGUCGAAAGACCAUCCAGGAAUGCAGUGGCAGCUACGACCUCAAGAUCCUGGCUGUCUCUGCUACUACUUGACGGAAACUGAUCAAAGGAAUGCUGAUGGGGAGACGAAGCCACCUGUUAUUGCAGUCUACCACUAUGCUGGAGGUCAUCCACACCAUCCGGUUGACCAUAGCGAAGGAGUCCUCCUGCUACCUGAAAUCCGAGACUCGCAACGAGAAAUGGUUGCUAUUGCACUUGUGUUUCUACUCCUUUGGCGUAUGCGAGAUCUGGAUUGUCCGCUAGAGAAUACUUCUCUAUCGAAGGUGCUUGGCAACUUUGGACUGAGAAAGAAGUCUGGUUCUGAUGGGAACAGUUCAAUGUAGUUGACACAGCUGAAUUAAAGGAAGAGAUCCGCUCCUGCAAUCGAAAUUCUCCUCAACACAGGUCCCAUUAAGACAUGAAGGCUCACUAAGGUACGCUCUCGACUCCACUCCGCCAUGGGCGAUCACGAAAAAAUCCAUGCCGUGGGUUCACCCAGGUUACCUUGUACUCAGGCAGUAAGAUUCUUGAGAUCUUUCUUGAUAGUAUUUACCCGACAAAGAACUUCGCAAGCCGUUGCGGCUUCUAAUGGCACUUAAUAGUGCCUAGCAUUGGUGGCAUCGCUCAUAUAUACCAUCAUGACCUAAUUCAUACCCCAUAAGUGAUCAGUCACUGCCUGUGAUCAAUACAGUUCACUUUGAAGAUCGCGAAAGGACAAGCAAUGUUCAUUUCACAAGUAC